CCCGUCCACAUUAAAGAGGACCACGGUGCAAGUGGUUAUCCGACUGGGUCCACACAUUUUUCGCUUUCCCUCGCUGCGGAUGUGUUUCAUCUGGAGAAAUCAGCGACCACCGAAGGAAAUCAGCAAACGCAGUAGUCAGAAUUUUUUAAGGAAAAAACAAUCUUUAUUUGUGGCGUGAUAAGAAGAUUAAGCAACAAACAAAAUGGAGAACGCGAAGGAGGAGACGAUAAACAUGCAGCUGAUCGGUUCCGAAAGUCCGUACAAAGUUAAUAAUGAAAUCGCCGGAAGUGGUCUAAAUGCAUCGGAAGUCCCAAUAUCGCAGACCACAAACGUAGAAGACUACGAUCCCCACAAACAUCGAAAUAGGCCAAAUCCGACAUCGAACGCAGAGACUUUGAUACAUUUGUUGAAAGGAAGUUUGGGUACCGGUAUUCUAGCGAUGCCGAACGCGUUCCGCAACAGUGGCCUGGUCACCGGUGUGAUAGCAACAGUGAUCAUAGGGGUGCUGUGCACCUAUUGUUUGCACGUAUUAGUGAAAGCUCAGUACAAACUGUGUAAACGGUUAAGAGUUCCUAUAUUGAGUUAUCCACUGAGCAUGAAAUACGCUCUCGAGGAAGGGCCUGGGUGUGUCCGAUGGUUCGCACCCUAUGCACCAGGACUCGUAGACGGGUUCAUGAUUGUGUAUCAAUUGGGAAUAUGCUGCGUUUAUAUCGUAUUUGUAGCGUCGAAUAUCAAGCAGGUAGCAGACCAGUAUUGGGAACCAUUGGACGUUGAGACCCACAUGCUGAUCUUAUUGGUACCAUUGAUUCUGAUCAAUUACAUUAGGAACCUCAAGUUACUCGCGCCAUUCUCCACCGUCGCGAAUGUAAUCACAUUUGUCGGAUUGACGAUGAUUCUAGUUUACAUGUUUAAGGAUCUACCCUCCCUUAAGGAAAGAGAGAUGUUUGGCACACUGAGAAAUUUCUCUCUCUAUUUCGGUACAACGUUAUUCGCGUUGGAGGCCGUUGGCGUGAUUAUCGCACUGGAGAACAAUAUGAAAACACCACAAUAUUUUGGAGGAUACUGUGGUGUAUUGAACAUAGGAAUGACAGUUAUAGUGACUCUUUACAUUGUCAUGGGAUUCUUUGGUUAUAUAAAAUAUGGAUCCGAUGUUGAGGGUAGCGUUACUUUUAAUUUACCCUCCAAAGAAAUUAUGGCACAAAGUAUCAAAAUAAUGUUCGCAAUAGCUAUUUUUAUCACGCAUGCUCUUCAAGGAUAUGUUCCAGUCGAUAUUAUUUGGAAUACUUAUCUGGAUCAAAAGAUACAGAAGAGAAAAAUCUUCUGGGAGUAUGUUUGUCGAACUAUCAUCACUUUGAGCACGUUUACAUUGGCCAUCACCGUUCCCAGACUGAGUCUCUUCAUCUCUCUAUUCGGCGCCCUCUGCCUCUCCGCUCUUGGCAUCGCGUUUCCAGCGAUCAUCGAGAUCUGCGUCCUCUGGCCAGACCGUGACUUGGGUCCCUGCAUGAUCAUGCUUGUAAAAAAUCUCUUGCUAAUCAUAUUCGGUCUCCUAGGUCUUGUGGUCGGCACAUACGUGAGCAUGGUCGACAUAAUAAACUUCAAGUGAGGCCUUCGAUCGAUGUCAAUUCAAGAACGAUCGAAGGAUGGCAGAUAGAUGGGGAUGAGAGAAGAGCAGAAGGGUUAAAUGAAAAAAAAAAACCAGUUUGGACACGCUUGUUCGAGUAUCGAGGACGAGGCUUCGUCACAGUUUUAUAGCUUAAUGAGCGGCGCCUUUUUAGGUAGUCAGGUACCUCCAAAGCGGCUGGAAGUCUUUCUUUUAGUGGAAAAUCGCGAGAGUGCAUUCUGGAAAUGCUUCUCUUAGUGCACGUAGACCGAGUUUAGAUGUUUUAUUAAGAUGGAGAGUCGUGCAGUGUUGGAUAAAAGAAACACGAUUAAUGGAGAAUUUUAAUUGCUUGGAGUUUGAUUUUGCAGAGUGUUGGAUAAAUUUAUUAAUUUAAUCGUUGCUGUUUGUUCCUUGAUAGUGACUAAUUAAAAUAAUAGCGUUUUAUAAAAAAAUGAAACGAAUAUAGGAACCGAAAUGUAAAUCUUAAUGUUUACUUUUCUUUAAGAUUUUUCUAUUCAAAUUUAAUUCUAAUCGUAUUUGUGAAAUUACAAAUUGUAAUGAAAUUUGUGAAAAAUGAAAUUAAUGAUUCUUCCCUUUCGAAUUAGAAAUAUUAGAUCGAAUAUUGUCCAUUAAUGAUAUUUCGCAUUUUUUCGCAAAGAGGAAUGCCCUCGAACACGGUGCCUAUGUAAAUGACUAAAUGCCUAGUUCACCUUAGUCGCACUGCCUGAGAGCACUUUGAGAAAAACGAAUUAAACAUUCUUCGAGUUGCUCAAUUUAUUCGAAAGUAUCUUAAAUAAAUAUAGAAGGCUAAGUAGACAAUUCGUAAGAUUAAUAUAUAUAUAUUGUAGAAAAUUAAAAUUAAGACGAGCAAUUUUACAAACUAAAUCGAAAGGGAGGAACUAUCACGAAUUAAUAAAAUCUAUUUGUGAAUAUCAAAAAUUUUUUUACGAUAAAAUAUUUGUUUUAUAUCGAUGAAAUUUUCAAUAUAAUGAUGUUUCAUUUUUUAAUUUCUAAAUAACGUCCAGCACUGGACAUAGAGCGCUCUUCAAAGAAAAAAGAAACUAAAAAAAGAAAAAAAAUAAAUAAAAAAAAAAGGAUAAAAAAGAAGUGAAAAAAACAUCGUGACAAAACGAAACCUGUGAUCGAAGAUUUUAUAAAACGAAUGUUGCAUUUCUAUCGAAUUUGUUGAUUAUUGUUGAAAGAGUUUACAGAUAUAUAUAUAUAUAUGGACGUUAAUUAUUUUUCGAAAAUGAAAAAAGAAUAUUUACGAAGUCGUUCGAGAGUCUUUCUUUCGUUCUCGGUGAUACGAGUACUUAUGCUCAUCUUACCGGAUGUUCCUACAUCCAGUGUGAUUCAGAUGUUGACAAGGAAAUUUGUUUUUUUUUUUUUAUAUUUUGUGACAAUUGAAAACGAUAUUAAAAUAAGAAAAAGAGAAAAAUGAGAACUCGUAAUUAUAAAAGUAAAAAAAAAUAUGUAUAGUCAGUGACUAUCAUAUUAUAUAUUAAAGUAAAAGAAAAUAUAAUUUCGAAUUAAGAUAUAAUCGUGACUAUAGAAUAGAAGGAAGACUGUAUUAUCGAGAAUUACAUAUGAAUUAUAUUUUUAAAGAAAAAUAUCAUUUUUAAAGCUUAAAAUCACAGUUAUAAUGUUAGAAAAUUUAUAUAGUUAUCUACUAUAAAAUCUAAAUUAAAGAAACGCUUGUUAGAAAAAAAUAUCUAUAUAACUAUGAUUGUAAGAUAAAUGGCUUAUCAGAAAUUAUGUUAUCAGGAUUA